AUGGAUCUCUCCAUCUACAUUCUAAUUAUCAUCGUUACCGCCAUAUUCUUUAUUGUCAAAUGGCACGUUCGCUCUGGACAGGCUCCAGUGUCUGUCAAUUAUCAUUUCACACGCAAGUGUAACAAAGAUUGCCUUUUUUGUUUCCACACGGCAACCACUUCUCAUAUUGAAAAGCCAGAGAAUGCCAAGAGGGGAUUAACCCUCCUCAAGCAAGCUGGGAUGAAGAAGAUCAACUUCGCUGGCGGAGAACCAUUCCUCUACCCAAAGUUUCUGGGAGAGAUGAUAGAUUUCUGCAAAGACGCUCUUCAACUCGAAUCUGUCUCUAUUGUUACCAAUGGAAGCUUGGUCAAGGAACCAUUUCUUGAGAAACAUGGUCGCAAUAUCGACAUUCUGGCCGUUAGCUGCGAUUCGUUCGACGAAGCUACAAACAUGAAAAUUGGACGAGGAUCCGGCAACAACGUUCGCAAGUUGUACGAGAUUGCUUCUUGGUGCCAAAAAUAUAACAUCAAGUUCAAGCUCAACACAGUUGUGAACAGGUUCAACCAUUUGGAAGACAUGAACGAGCACCUCAAUGUGCUUCAGCCAUUUCGAUGGAAAUGCUUCCAAGUGCUCAUUGUGGCUGGAGAAAAUGAUUCCGACAAGACCCUUCGCAACGCUCACAAUCUCACCAUUUCCGACGACGAAUUUGAUCGCUUUUGUGAACGGCAUGCCAACCAAGCCUCUCUCGUCCCGGAGCCCAAUCGACUGAUGGCGAAAUCCUACCUCAUACUUGAUGAAUACAUGCGGUUCUUGGAUAGAAAUGGCCAACAGCCGUCAAAGUCCAUCUUGGAAGUUGGUGUGCAGCAAGCUUUGCAAGCCGUGUUUUGGGAUGAAGAGGCAUUUGUUGAACGCGGAGGGGUCUACGAUUGGAACAAGUCAUCCUGUUCCUCGGACAACAAAGAGCUAGACUGGUGA